UUCUUAGCAGUGACAAUCUCGUUAGCAAGCAUCGCAUUUGCCGGCGUCCUCGUUCAACCCGGCUAUGAACAUCAAUACGAUAGCAAUCCACGCUAUUUGCAACAUCAGUCUGUUUCGCGGCACUGGAUACGAUCUCCGACUGAACAACAUCGCGCGGAACAAUUACCGGACCAAGAAUCGACGCGAUAUCUCCCGGGAGUUCAGACAACAGAAAAAAAUGAAGAUCCAAAAGAGAUAAUACACAACCGAAGGAAAAGAUCGGAUCCUGCAAGCACCGAAUCUAGUAAAUCUAAGAUUGUUGCACAUGACAAUGAUGUGGCCGCGAAGUCGCCCUUAACUGACGUCAAACAUUCUACAACCGAUACUAAUGAUAAGCGUGUAAAAAACUGUUCGACUAAGUAUAACAUCAUAUUAUCCAUUUUCCCAUUCCUGGGUUUCACUAUUUCAUCAACAAACAUAACACUUCCAGAACACGAGUCUGCCGAUACUAAUGAUAAGCGUGUGAAGAACUGUCAGACCGAGAAAAAUUUCGUAUUAUCCAUUCUCCCAUUCCGGAAUUCAAAUAUUUCAUACACUGGAUUUCCAGAUAGGAAACGGGAAAAAGCGGAGAAUAUUGAGUUACGGCGGAAACUCGCCGCCAUAACUCAGCUACCGCCACUGCCAUCAUCAUCCGCACAGUCCGCACAGCCGGCACUGGGAGCCCAAUCAACAUCGGCACCGGCAGCUUUAUCAAUACCGAUAACGUCAUCAACAACAUCGAUACCAAUAAAUAUCGAUGUUCCAAUAAGUAUCGAUGUUGCAGGUUCAAUAACUCCGCAACAAGCAAAACCUAAAAGAGGGCAGAGAGCCGGGAGAAAUCGUGGAAGAGGAGGAUUUCGCGGAAGAAAAUUUCCGAGAUUUCCGAGAUUUCCGAGAUUUCCGAAAUUUCCGAGAUUUCCGAGAUUUCCGAUAUUUCCGAGAUUUCGCGGACAAUAAAAUAGAAGGAGAACAAGAAGAACAAUUAAAAUGUACACACAAACAGUUUAUUUGUAACACACGCACACAUAUACGCGCGCGCGCACGCACACGACACGACACGCACACGCACACACACAAAUACAUAGCAGAGAGGGUUUGGAGUCAUUAACUACCGCGGGAGUGACAAACCGUGGGGUCCUUAUUAUCUCUGCUGUGACACAUACACAUCCAACCCUCC